AUGUUUAAUCCCGCUAAGUUUUCCGGGGUGGAGAUCGCGCGGCUCCGAGCUGUAUGUGCGUCGCCGCAGGCACCGGCAGGACAACACCAAGUCCGUAAGGGAACAGACGAUGAAUGGAAGAUUGUCUUGGGUUUAAUCGAGGGCACCAUAGCAUGCCGCAACAUGCCGGCUUUUCUUCCGCACAUCCUCCGAAGUGAGGAAUGCCUCAGACUAGUUUCUACGAUUCAGGCUCAGGUAGAAGACGAAUUGAUUAUGCAAUUGGGGCGCUCUGGGGGUGUCCGGGUUACCCGACAGAGUACGAAAGCUAUCACCGAGCGGAUCCUGGAAUCGGCGGAGCUGGCGCGAGUAAACUUACCUGCGCUACACAACAUGCUAGGCCAGACGAAGACGAUCAGCUACGAUCAAGUAACGAAGUCGAUUCACUUCUAUUUCUUUACCAGAGAAACUGCCGAGAAGCACAAGGAGGUGCGGGUGCCUUUUUCGGGAGGAGUAUACCGGCUCCUGAAUGCCCACCGAGCAGCGGCCGGCCCGAUAUGGGACCGACAGCGGGGGCUUAAUGGACAACCACAAGGCCGGCGAGUGGAAUACACGAUUCUGCUUCUCAAUGUAACUCGGUUUGUCGACAUAGGCCGGAUUGCAGCUUUUUUGAAGGAGAAGAUUUUGACGGAAUUCGUGAUGGAGGACCUGGACACGCAUACCCCCGAUUCCAGGACAUCGACAAUAUGGAGGGUAACCUUCAAACUAGCGGGCUGUCCGACUUUCCUCGACGGCAUUGUUCGGUUGUUAUGGUUCGGGACGACCAUAAUUGUUAAGCCUCCGAAUGUCGGCAGGCGGCUGCUGUAA